CUAAACAAGAGCAGAAAAAAAAUGUUGAAUAAGAUGAGAUGCCAAUGUCAGAAAACGAUUCCAAACGAGACCCAACUCACACAAUACAUUUAUAUAUAUACGUACAUAUUUCCACUCAAAAUUAUAAUUUAUCGAUUUAUCAUGAUCAUGUUUUACCAAGAAGAUCCUCCGAAUCACUCGAAGAGGUCCAAAUACAUUGCUUCAUCUCUCAAAUAUGCAUUCACCAACUUCCCUUCUUUUCGAGCAAAAUUACCCCAAACAGAAGAGCCUGUCAUAAAUUUCCACCAAGAAGACGAGAUAUUUGUAUCGACAAUCAUAAGCAAGUACCUGGAGUCGAAAUCGAAACGAAAGUCGGGCAAUAAUAAUAUUAUCAUGGGAGCAGAUCAUCAUAGCUUCUUCUACUGGGCUGCUGUUUCUCCUCCAGCUUUGGCCAUUAGUGGUGGCGGUGAUGGGGAGGAGUAUUUUUCCGCGACUGGCCGCUUGUUGUCCAGAUGCUCAAGUGCUGGCACAACAACCUUUGACGAUGCAUUUGCCUCGGCCAAGACACGUUUGUCAAGAUGCUCGAGCUUGGACAUGAAUACGAAUAUUGCUACUAAUGAUUUUCAAGAUUUUGAUCGACGGAGAUCGAUUAUCGCGGAGUUGAUUCAGUACUGCGAGGGGUGGCCUUUUGGGCUUUGCAGGAAGGCAAUAUUGCUGCCUCCACUGCCUAAAUCUCCAGCUGAUUCUUGGUCCUGGAUAAAGAGUAGUGGCAGAAUUGUCAAAUAACCUCUGUAAUUAGUACUUCAUAUAUAUUAAUGUUUUUAUUUUUAAUUAAUUACAUCAUAUUAUAUCA